AUGUCCAAGCAAGCCCACUCCCCCAAUUACUACGCCAUCCUCGAGAUCUCUGACAAGGCGACCCUCAGCAGAUCCGAGAUGCAUACAAACGGUGAGCAAACUCCCCAGAGGUCCCAGUUCACCCGAGCAGCAAUAUACCGACCUAGCAUCAAGCCCCCCGAGCGCGAGGCUCGCACGAGGAAGUUUCAGCUUAUCAACGAUGCCUACUACACCCUCUCCGACCCAACUCGCCGCCGCGAAUACGACAUGCAGCGCCGGCGCUUCCUCCAGUUCUUGGGUGCCGGCGCAGGAACGGGCGCUGGUGCAGGGACCGCCCAGAACGCCUACUCGUGGGCGUGGAAUUUCUUCACCGGACAGAACAAUAACCAAGGCAGGCAGCAAGCCGAGGACCAACAGUUUGGGGAUGUGUUCGAAGAGAUGCUCCGCGAGGAGGGCAUGGCGGAUCAGAACGGAGCCCCCACUCGUUCCUUUUGGAGCAUCAUUGGGGGUGUUAGCGGCGGCGCCCUGGGCUUCAUCCUUGCCAACGUCCCGGGGAUGGUUGCCGGGGCUGUCGCCGGCAAUCGUUUGGGCGCUGUAAGGGACGCCAAGGGAAUGAGCGUUUAUGCCGUUUUCCUGCAUCAUAUUCAGCAACAGCCACUAACACGCCUGCAGUGCGCCCUGUAUUUCCAAUCCCUACCUGGAGCAAUCACUACUCCGGCUCCCGCGCCGAUUACCUCUCCGACUGCGAGCACCGAAUCGAAACCCAAGCCCUGCUGCGUAUGCAAGGACGAGAAGGCGCGCCGCGACGAGUGCAUGCUCAUGUCCAAAGCCGCAAAUCCCGAAGAGGACUGCAAGUCGACAAUACUGCAGUACCGCGCCUGCAUGGAGGGAUUCGGAUUCAAGAUUUGA